AUGGCGUCGAAAUUGCAGAUGCCAGUGGGCUCAUCAAAAUGGAUUGCCGCCGAGAAGGAAAAUAUUUUACAAUUGGUAGACCAGGAGAUGGAGGAAGUGGAGUUUCCCGUUCGCCAUGAACUCCAUUGGUUGAAUGAACAUAUGGCUGGCGUCUUUCGAGGUGAUCAACUUAAUGUCGCCGAAAUGUUCAAAACACCGGGGAAACUGCGAGGUAAAACGCCUCGCACUAUUAGGAGAAUGAAGACACCGGCUACGCAGCGAAUUCCUUUGAGCGAUAUAUUUUCUUCCCAGGUUGCCAACCCGAAUCCUCUUCCAUCAAAUCGGUUUAACCACGAGAUUUCAAAACUGUCUGUUACUCGAGAGCCAAUUCAUCAGCACCAAUGGGGCCCUACUCAAACUCAGAACUCUAAUUCGGAUUAUAACAAUGAUUCUGGCUACCAUGGGAUAGUCGACGAUGGCAAGAUGGAGCUAGACAUCUCUUUAACGCAGAAGGCAGAACUUGCCUUAGAGAGUACGAAUGUACUUGCGACUGAAUGUGAAACUGAAACAAAUGCAACGUCGGAAUCACAGCCAGAAUCCGCUCCAGAAGUAGUGGCAGCAUCCGAGUUUGAGGGUGGUGCCACAGUUACGCAGCGUGCCGAUGAGUCUACAAUACUAGGAGACGCUCCAGAUGAUAGCCCGUCGAUUGCUCGCACGAACGAUGAAUCAUUUCACUCCGCACAGGAGGUUGUAGCAAGCAAGGAUAACACUCUAGAUCCCGUAGACAUGGAUCACUCUCCCUCUCCCUCCCAUAAGAAAGCCUCUCUACCUUCAUCGCCUGUCCGUCAGUUGAUGGCAAACGAGACACCUCCCCGACCCCAGCCUCCUAACCAAAAAAGCAUUUCGACCGUACUCGAGCAACAAAAAAUUGAUAAUCUUCUUGAUCACUUUGAUGAUAUGGGCUCACCGUCUGAAAAGUCUACACCUGGUCGCCCUCUUCUUCGGAAGAGCAGUCUUAGCUUUGCAUCUCUACCAGCUAGAGAACCGCUGACUAAAAAAAGUAUUGGAGGUCCUAGGAUUUCUAGGAUAAGCCAGAUUGACCCUUCGAAAAGCGCCUAUUUUGGUCGCCCGACUGGAGCAAGAAUGACCCAACUGUUAGGUGAAGAGAACAAUCGACAAACCAGCGUUGCAGAUAGCGUGGACAAUGUGCAAUCCUCAGUUCACGGUGAAUCUGAUUCAGACGUCAAAGCUCCUACGCUACACACCAAAUCGUCAACACAACUACUUCACGAGAAAAUAAACAUGCUUGGAAAAACACAAUCAACAAGAAGCACUAAGUCAAUUGCAUCGACUGCUCCACUAGCCUCACAACAAAUUUCUUAUCCAGAAUUACCAGUUUCACGUAUUGUACCAUCCGACGAGGCUCCGAAGACAAGUUUUGGAGACGACACGCCAGUUGAUGAUGAUGUAUCGAAGCCUUUAAGUUCGCCUUUCCUGGUUCAAAAGUCUCAUUUUGUUCAGGACCAGAGCCUAGAGGCGGGAGAGAGGCCUAAAUCCGGACUACCGUCGAAUCCUGACCCAUCUAGCAGAUUCAGGUCAUUGCGGAUGGGCACCCCUGAGCGUCGGUCACCCGCACCAAAGCAUUUCAUUUCUCAUGGGAAGUCUGCGUCCGUCUCGUCACUAAUUGGCUCGCCUCGCCCCGGGACAGCAGGAUCCUUAUAUAAAUCUACCACUGUGGACGGAACACCAAAAAGUUCCACAACACCCGUGAGCUCGCCCAAGCGUUUUGAGGGGCCGUUGAGCGCGUCCAAGUCCAAGCUUCAGUCAAUCAUGAAAUCCGCUAAAGGAUUAUUUAGUAGUAAUGGUGCCUCGCCUGCAACAGGAAAGGACACCAUAUCAUCAAGUGCAAUUCGGCCCCAAAAUACAGGAUAUCCGAGUUUAAAUGGUGUGUUCAAUAAAAGUGUAUCUCGCCCAUCGACAUCAGCCAGCCCGAUAAAACAAGAGGGCCGUCGUACUCGGAGUUCGACAGAAAAAGAGGAGAGACACAGGGAGCAAAAAUUGAAGGAACGCCAGCGCAUUGAGGAACAAUUGGAAAAAGCCCGAGAAGUUGAAAGAGCGAACACCGCCCGCCCUAAAACGAUGCAAAACCCACCCUCCGUAAGGCAAAAACUAGAUGAUGUUGCGAUCCCCCCGGCUCCUGUGACCAAACUAAAUCUACCGAAGCAUCAAGCAGCUCCAAAACAGGCGGAGCCAGAAUUGCGUCGCGAGGAAGAUGCUAAGUUCUAUAUCCCAACGUUAACUCAAAGCCAGGCGAAGAAAAAUGAUCGACGAUUAGUUAAACCAAUAAGGGAGACACAGAAGGCAAGACCUCAACCCCUGUCUAUUAAAAUUGGAACUUUGUCACAGCGAAUUCCAUUGAAUUCUGCGACCCCUAGUGCAGUGGGUACUCAAGAUUCUAUCCAUACACCAGGAAUUACCCGACAACUUUCUGUUAAAAAAGCAAGCAUUGCUUCAUCGCAAACAAGCAGCUCCGCAGGUAGUUUCAAAAGCUCUACCACAGUUUCUAGUUCCAAAUCGAAAGCUGCUCUCACCGCUGAGAGACGAGAACAGCAACGUCGUGAAGCACAGCAGCGACGCGAGGCUGAUCGCAAACAAGAACAGCUGACUAUUGAAGCGGAACGAAAGGAACGUGAACGACUGGCGGCAGAAGACCCGAAGAGUGCCAUGAAGAAGCAGGCAAUUGAGCAAAGACGACUGGAAAAUGCUCGAAAAUUGCAGCAGAGGAGCCAGCAAACCGGUACCACGAAUGACACGGGUACUGCUCUCCAUUCUGAAAAAUCUAGCUUUCAGACUUCUCAGCGUUCAGAAAUGGGCCAAAUAAGGCCUGCAUCAAGGUUGAAUUCUGCUCAACCCUCAAGCAGGCUGCAACCCACUAUCAACCCUGCAAAACCACCUAAACGUGCUAAUGAGGAAGAAGCUGUGCGGUCAGUUUCGGGGAAGCGAAGGAAGACCGACGAAAAAGUUCCUAGUGAGACUGUUCGGCCAACGAUGGCACCCCCAAUUCGUCAGUCAACUGUCCGAAAAGUAAGUACAAAGACGAAUUUUGCCCAAGAACAACAAUUAAUGGGAACGCAGGAACUUAAGCCGCAAGCCCCUCCAACCAAUUUUGCUGCACCAUCGGCUCCGACCCCAGUCCAGGGCGGAGCGUCUAUUUUCAAACAUCCGCCCGCUGCAGCACGGCAAUUGCAACCUUCUGGUCACUCGCAGCCCGCCCACCCCUUGGAAAUGUCUAAAUUCGCAAACGGAAAGAUCCCAUUUGCUGAAUCGAACCCAUCAUAUGCCGGUUCUCACAAAACUCCGGGUAAAAUACCACAGCAGAAGAUUGUUCGCUCUUCCCCAGCAUACCCCCAUGGUGAAAAUAUUAAGCUUCCUGAAAUCCCAACGGAUAGCGAAGACGAGGACUCUGAGACCGAGCCAUACCAUGUACCCGAAUGGGCAAAAGAAGAAAAUCUUCGCAACAUCCUAAUAGAACAAGAAGGUCGAGAUGGGGAAAUGGUAUUCGGCCCCACGGCGCCAUUACAUAUGGAAGAGAUUUUCAAAGACAACAAAGAUCGGUUUAGAAGGUUCCGGGAAAGAACCAGUAGUGCCAACUGGGUUGGAACGGAUGGCCUGACAGUGGAGGAAGUUAGAUGGGAUAUCGAACAAAGGGAGAGACUGAAGAGGAACGGAGGAUGGACGUUUGGAGUUCAGUAA